CGUCAAGACGGAGAACGUCUGGGCCUGAACUAACGCUUACUAGCACCUGCUGGGCCAAGUGCUGUCCCGGACACUGGGGACGCGGUGGUCAGGAGGACCGGGCCCUGCGUGCAAGGCCUUGCUCUGGCGAACCGCGGAGAAGAACACAACCAUCAGGUCCACGAGAGGACCCUCCCUUCAGUUCCUCUCUCCCUCCACCUCAGCCACCGCUAGUUCGGGCAAGAGCCCCUGGGGCGACCCCGCCCCUUCCGCUCUGGAGACCAGCCAAUGAGACCUCGAGGCCGAGACUCGAGGACCAGCCAGAGGGCGGCACACUCACGUGUUUGCGGCCCAGCCCCUUCCGCUCCGGGACACUGGCCAAUGAGGGCGAGAAAUCAUCUCCAGGGGGCGGGUCUGCUAACGGAAAGGGGCGGGGUUCCGUGGCCAGUUCCGGCCGCGUGCUCCCCACCACACAGGUGGGUCGCAGAUCCCCACGAGAGGAGCGCAGGCGGUGCUUGAGUUCUCAUUUCCAGGGGGAUCCCAGCCUCUGCCAAACUCUUCAGACCAGGCGUGAGAAAUAGAGCUGGAAUCGAAACCCUGACAUCUGUCUCACUGCAUCUUCUUUCUGUGCACUGCCUAGAUGGCUGAUUCUGACCCUGGAGAAAGAAACUAUGACAACAUGCUGAAAAUGCUGUCAGACCUGAAUAAAGACUUGGAAAAGCUACUGGAAGAGAUGGAGAAAAUCUCAGUGCAAGCCACGUGGAUGGCCUACGACAUGGUGGUGAUGCGCACCGACCCCUCGCUGGCAGAGUCCAUGCGCCGGCUGGAGGACGCCUUCCUCAACUGCAAGGAGGAGAUGGAGAAGAACUGGCAACAGCUGCUCAAUGAGACCAAGCGUAAACGGUAGCCCCUUGCCCGCCGCGGCCCUGCGGCCCUCAGCCAACGUGGAGAAGCCCCUGAGGCAUGGAGCCCUCUCUGCCGGCAGAGGAACAGUGACCAGAAUAGAUAGCUGUGUGGACCGUACUUGUUUCUCAAUAAACUUAUUUUUAAGAACA